AUAAUUUAAUAGACCAAUGAAAUGACGCCAACGUGCACGAUCGCCGGUUGAUGUCGAACCAUGAUCGUCUGUUACGCGAAGAUGAGUUUAAUUCUUGUAAUUUUUAUAUUUGUGAUCGUUUCUUUAUCUAAUUGUGCAGAAAAUGCGGGCCUGGUCAACUCUAAAGUCGAAAGGAGCGUCGAUAUCACUUCUCAAUUAGUUAAAGUAGUUACUAAAAUAAAUUUGGAAAAUGAUGGAAAGUCUGCGGUUAAUAAUUUUGUUUACUGCUUAGAAGAGACUCAAAUGAAAUCUAAAUUGGCCAUCUUAUUAGCAAAUAUGCAAGAUGAUGGGAGAGUGACUUUGAAGGUGGAAGAAGUUAAUGUCCCCAAUCAAAGGGAUACUCAAAUCAGAAACUUCAAAAUUCAUUUGAAAAAUCCAUUACAACCAGGAAAGGCAGUUUCUGUAGAAGUUGAACAUGUGUUAACACAAAGUUUGAUUCCAUAUCCUUCUCAUAUAACUCAAUCUGAAAAACAACUUGUACUAUAUCAUGGAAAUCACUAUUUUUAUUCUCCUUAUCCAACAAGGAUUCAAACAACAACUGUUACAUUAGCAUCUACUGCAAUUGAAUCCUACAGCAAGUUAAAACCAGUUUCACAUACAGAUAACAUGAUCACAUAUGGACCAUAUGAAAAUGUUGCUCCAUUUUCUUUGAAUAAAAUGACAGUUCAUUAUGAAAAUAAUAAUCCUUUCUUAACUGUAACAAAUUUGGAACGUUCAAUUGAAGUAUCUCACUGGGGUGUUAUUUCUGUUGAAGAAGUUGUGGACAUUAAACAUUCUGGUUCAGUCUUAAAAGGACCUUUUUCACGUUAUGAGUAUCAACGAGAUCAGAGUGGUUUUUCAUCAGUACGGAAUUUCAAAACCAUUCUUCCUGCUUCUGCUGUCGAUGUUUAUUAUAGAGAUGAAAUUGGGAAUAUCUCAACAAGCCAUUUAAGAGUUAUGGAAGAUUCUGUGGAAGUUGAAUUGAGACCACGAUUUCCCUUGUUUGGUGGCUGGAAAACUCACUAUGUUUUAGGAUAUUAUGUUCCAACAUAUGAAUAUCUGUAUAAUUCAGGUGAUCAAUAUGUUUUGAAAAUGAGAUUUGUUGAUCAUAUUUUCGAUGAUAGUGUUAUUGAUGAAGCUAAAUUAAACGUUAUUCUUCCUGAAGGAAGCAGAGACAUCCAAGUUAAAUUACCAUAUCCUGCAAAACGUGGUGCAGAUCAGCUUCAUUAUACCUAUUUGGAUACUGUUGGACGACCAGUUGUGGUCUUCUCUAAACAAAAUUUAGUAGAACAACAUAUACAAGAUUUUGAAAUUUAUUACAAAUAUCAAAAAAUACUGAUGCUUCAAGAACCUUUACUCGUUGUGAUUGCAUUAUAUUUACUUUUCUUAUUGGUCAUCAUUUAUGUAAGAUUGGAUUUCACAAUUACAAGGGAUCCACAGAAAGAGAGCAAAUUACGUGUAUCCGGUCUGAUCGAAUGUAUUCAGAAUCAUCAUGAAAAGCGUGCAGAUAUCUAUUCAAAGUAUGACAAUGCCUUGAACAAAUACAAAUCCAAUAAAGACACUGCUUCCUAUCAAGCAGGAGUCAAAAACAUUAAUGCUGAACAUAAGAAUGAGACCCAGGCCAUUGCAGAUCUUUUGCAAAAACUUAAACAGGAAGGAUCGGAAUCUAUAGAUAAGAUUGUGGAGCUGCAACGACUAGAUAAAAGCUUGAAAGACCAAUUUAACCAACAGAUGAUGUUGGUUGAAAAGCUCAUUUCGGGAAAAAUGGGAAAGCAACAGUAUGUGGAUGCAGAGUCACUGAUUUUGAAGAAGAAAGAAGAGAUUGCUGAAAAAAUACAAAAUGUUUUGGCAUCUCUUUAAUUACUCUGAGUAUCACUUUUAUUUUUAACAUCAUUCCAUUUAUUUGUAAUUGCAUACAUUGUGUAUGUUUUUGAUGGAUUGGUAAUAGAAUGUACUGUAUUCAUCAGAAUCAUUAAACAUUUGUUCUUAUGAAUAAAUUGUUAACAAAUAA